GAGCGUCUUGUCACGUUGCUUAUUCCCAGGAUGGCUCAGAGUAAAUGGGCAGUUUUAAUUCUGAUUGAGCGGUGAAUUCCCUUGGAAUAGUACAGGUUUACAACUGAAUCUCGCGGCAUGUCAAACACAAAACAAACUUCAGCACUGCGACGUCGAUUAGCCUGCGACCGUUGCCAUUCAUUUAAACUUAAAUGUCCAAGGCCAUCCCUUCGGAAUGAUGAUACAUGUGCACGAUGUCUCAAAGCAGGAGUCGCCUGUUCAUAUAGUCCCUCAAUGCGAGGCCAGGUUCGGCCAAAACAGAUGCCGGCGUUGACUACUUCUAGUAUCAUUCCUGUUGAUAAUUUCAAUAAGAGCUUUGACAGUGAAUUCUUGAUGCCCGCGUUUGAUGCAAAUGAUGACAUAUUUGACAACAUGGUUAUGGACUGGGCUGUUCCUGAAGACGGCCUCUUGAUUGAUAAUUUCGAGUCAACGUCUCAGCUUCAACCCUCAGCAGCAGAUGCCAGUACAACAACCAGUACGGGGAAUGAGGUCGUUUCGAGCCACAAAAGCGAUGGCAACUCCAGAGACGAUCAGAUCCACAUUCUAGAACACGAACCAGUACAGAGACCAAAGUCAUCACCUCAUUACCUUGGCAUGGAUGUACCGGAGGCACUGCAGUCACCGAAUAUUUUCCUGCAACUGACGAAUAUGUCACUUAUAUUGGAGUCUCUCGCACGACAACUUCCGUCGUUUAGAGUUCACGAUCAAACAAGAAAUACAGAAGAGACACAGCCGGAACUGUCUCAACAUACCGAAUCCGAUGACGAGGUGAAUUUUGGUGUAGGAAAAACUUAUGCCAUGACGCACAAACUCGCUGAUAUCUACGUAUCAAUCAUCGAGCCGACAGAACAGCGAAAGCAACUGUGCCACGACAACAUCCUGGAUCCAAUACCGAUGGACUCGAUUGAUUGUUCGUUAUUAUGGCUGCUGUUCUCAUGCCACAAUCGACUAGUAGACCUAUGGCAUGCGAUGUUGUUACACGCAAAGAUGGUCCACGACACAGACACGGACUCUCAUGGCCACAAAGCACGAUGUGCUCGUUUCAAGAUGGGCUCAUACGAGCCGUCGUCAUCAUCGACCGUUGUUGCGAUGGAAAUAAUUGUUCUGCAGGAACUUGCUAUGCAUCUUGCAGCCAGGUUAAACGAUCUUAUUGCUAUAAUAGAAUCAACUGACGAGACCAAUGGUUCCGGGGACGCAGCACAAGAUAACUCGCAAAGUCUCAAGGCAACCGUUCUGAUGGCAAAAGCACUCCAUGAGCGGGCUUUGGCCAUGCGCACGGAAAUCUCUCAACUGAAGAGCAUGCUGGAGGACUCCAUUGCUAAACGAUCUUCUGCCAGAAAAGGACAAUAGUCAAUACUGUAUGCCAGUCCAUACCACGUAAUAUCAAGUCUACAAUCAUACGAUGAGUGCGGGGAAAGCCACGCUUUCCACUGGCAGACAUGUGAUUGGAGGGGAACCAUAUCAUCCCACACUAUACAGUAGUAGUUCGCUGUACAGCACAGUCUGGACCGAUUCAUUCCGAUGAGUAGCAUCUCGAGAAGACGAGGGGAGUAUUCGGCUUACCGGAAGAGUGCAAGUUCGCUGUAUAGAUCGCACUUCUAGAAGCAAGACUGCAGAUGAUGGACGACCACGACCUAUAGACGGUCGAUAUGUAAAACUAGCAAUGUACAGAGAU